UAGCUUUUUUAGUACAACCAUUUGGGCACUUUGACCAUUUCUAUGCGAGUCUGGUCACGUGACAUCAUUCAUCUCACAGUCACACAUGACGAAUCAUACAAAGAAAGAUGACAUAGGAGGAGUUUAUAUGUGGGUGUAAAGUUUACUUUCUCUUUCAAACAGUACCCACAUAAAAAAGGAGGUUUUAUUAUUUGUCAUGCUGUAAAGGUUUCUCACACGGGACUCAAUCAUGGAGGAGAGCUUCCCUUUUCAUUACUAUUUAUUGGAAUAUCUGUUUGUUUUGGUGGGAUUGUUUUUUUUCCUGCUGGAUAUAGCGCUGGACAUUUGGACUGUUGUGUCAUUUUAUCAGGAAGGGGACUAUGUGUAUAUGGCGGUGAUGAUCUUUCUGCUGCUGGGCUCCUCAGUAUUGUUACAGGUGUUCAGCUGGCUCUGGUACUCUGAUUGCCUGGAUGAGCUUGAGACUAAGGUGGAAACAUUUGCAAAAAAGCAUAUACUGAUCAAACCAUUCCACUUCCUUCAGCUCGGAGUCUAUCUCAGGUAUGCUGGGGUGAUAGAGAUUUCGACAAAGCAUUUUCGUCAAAAAAAUAAUAGUUUCGCAGAGGGUGUGGCUGUGUACUUGAACCAUGACCUUCAGAUGCUUCGUCUAUUUGAGGCGUUUUCUGAAAGUACCCCACAACUCACACUUAUGAUGUCUAUAAUCUUACAGAGAGGAGAGCUGGAGCUUAUCACAGGUUUAAAAAUCCUCACAUCAGCUGCUGCAAUAGCCAGUACCGUAGCUAUGUACCACCGCAGCAUGCGUGCAUUUCUUCAAGAAAAACGCAAGAUGAGCUGGAUCUCCACUGGUGUCUACUUCAUGUGGAACUUGUUGCUGAUCAUUCCCCGUGUUUCUGCUCUGGCACUCUUUUGUAGUGUAUUGCCAUGCUACAUCAUAGCUCACUUCCUGUCUUUGUGGAUGCUGCUGGUUUUAGGGGCCUGGAGCCAGAAAACAAAUCUCAUGGAACAUUCUGGUUGGGAAUGGUUCUACAGAGCUACUGUUGGACUCAUUUGGUACUUCAGCUGGUUUAACAUAUCAACAGGAAGCAUAAAAUUAAAGACUGUUCUCUAUUAUUGUGUCAUGGGGUUGGACACAUUGAUGCUGCUGGGCUUCUGGUGGUGGAAGGUGUUUGAGUAUACAGGCUGUUGGAGAUCCUUAAAUCCUUACAUUGUGAUCCCGAUAUUACUAGGUUUGUACAUUUCUGGAAUUAUAUUGAAAAUGAUAUACUACAGAUGGUUUCAUCCUAAUUGUGAUGAACAGAAAUUAGCUAUACCCAGUGAAGAACCAAAUGAUAGACAAGCUGCAGCACUGAAUAACGAUGAGACAGACUCCCUGGAAGCUUCACCUAAAGCUAGAGCUGCAGUUCCUGCUCAACCUGUCACUGGAAUUCUCAAGAGAGGAAGGGCCAUGGCUGCUAAUUUCUAUCACUAGUUAUUGGUUCAGUUUUCUGGUCCAGUUCUAUCAUAAAUUAUUUAAAUGUAAUUAAAAUUUUAUUUAUAUAAAAAACAAUAUUUUAUACACAGAAAACAUUGUUUGUACAAAAAUAUCAACAUUUUAUAUUUUUGUGUUGUAUAUAAUUUUCUGAAAAGAUUAAAAAUAUAUUUGUUAAAUAUUUUUUUAUAUUUAUUAUUAAAAAAUAAAACCCUUUGAAUAAAUAAUAAAGAAUGAAUAAUACAGAUUUUCUUUUUGACCCAUUCCUACAUGCUUUUAGCUUUCAAAAUGUAGUUGUGAUCAAAUCAUAUACAUUUAAUUCUAAUUGAUUCUGGAUUACUACUGGAGAGCAAACUACAUAACCCAACAAAUCUGUAAUGUAUGGUGCGGAAAAAUGCUGUGGUUGUUGCCAGAACUUUAUGGAACAUUUUAGGUUUAUGGAUUUGACUUAAAUUUACAGCUUAAAAAAAAUGACAAACAAACAAAACAACAAAAACUGUAUAUUUUCAUUGACACAAUGUUAGUACAAACCUACUGAUUCUGGAUGACUAUUGGAGAGCAAAGUUAUACAACAUACAGCCAGACAAUGUUAAUUUCAGAAAACUGUUUUGAUUUAUAUAAAGAAUAACACUGUUAAGAGGAAAAAGUCAUUGAGAAAUGUAUUUCUACCUUGGCAUAAAGUAUCCUAUUACUUCUGUUCAUUCCAACUUUGCUAAUUAAAGAAAUUUACUAUAAACAUUUUCUCUCAGAUAUUAUGGAUGUAAACUACAUCAUCCUCUAAACAUAUCCCUUAUGAAAAAGAAGUGCAGUUUGAUUAACAUUUAAAACACAGACAACAGCAGGAAUAUUAGACUGCUGUCACUUUAAGACUAAUGCACGGAUCCA